CUUAAAGUUGCCAAGAUUGACAAACACUGGGUUACCACUAUUGCAGAGCUAUUAAGCCUCUCUGCCUUACUGGCAUCUUGGCGUAGCCUGGCGGGUUGACGGCAGGACUCGCAAACGGAGGAACCGGAAAACUCCUAAACCAACAGGACUGGCACGUUUUGUAUGUUGCUCCUCUCCACGUCCUCAGAUUGGCUAAGUCUCUCCGUGCCGUGAUAGGGUGAACGCCGGAGGCGCGUUUCGGUGAACACAUUUGGAUAGGCUGCAUGGAGAAGCUGCGGGCGGGAUUAAGAGCUGCGUGACAGGCGAUCUGUCAGACGGUAGCCGAGACGGGAAAAACAAUGGAUGGCCGCCGCUCUGCGCUGUAAACGUCGCUGCUUCGGUCGCUUAGGGUCACUGCCCGGCUGGUUCGUGGCGGCCACGAACGUGAGUCCCGCUGUUAGCAUGGAGGCGGCCGCCUCGUCCGGGGCCCCGCGGUGGUUCAACGCUUUGCGUUUCGACAACCGGGCUCUGAGAGCUCUGCCGCUGGAUCCGAGCGAGGAGAACGUCCCUCGGUCCGUGCCGGGUGCCUGCUUUUCUCGGGUGCGGCCCACGCCAGUGCAGUCCCCGCGGCUGGUGGCCGCCUCCGCGCCGGCGCUGGCUCUGCUGGGCCUGAGGGAACCGCAGACGCCGGAGGAGGAAGAGGAGGCCGCGCUCUACUUCAGCGGGAACCAGCUGCUGCCGGGAGCCGAGCCGGCCGCCCACUGCUACUGCGGCCACCAGUUCGGCAGCUUUGCGGGGCAGCUGGGCGACGGCGCGGCCAUGUACCUGGGGGAGGUGCUGAACCCGCGUGGGGAGCGCUGGGAGAUCCAGCUCAAGGGUGCCGGACUCACCCCUUUCUCCAGACAAGCAGAUGGUCGUAAAGUUCUGAGAUCAAGCAUAAGAGAAUUCCUUUGCAGUGAAGCUAUGUUUCACCUAGGAAUACCAACCACCAGAGCAGGGACAUGUGUAACAUCGGAUUCAGAAGUUAUUCGGGAUAUAUUUUAUGAUGGAAAUCCCAAAAAAGAAAAGUGUACAAUUGUACUAAGAAUAGCACCAACAUUUAUUAGGUUUGGAUCAUUUGAAAUUUUUAAAUCUGCUGAUGAAUUUACAGGACGUAAAGGUCCCAGUGUUAAUAGAAAUGAUAUUAGAGUUCAAAUGCUUGAUUAUGUGAUUAGCACUUUCUAUCCAGAUAUUCUGCAAACACACCCUGACAAUAAUAUUCAGAGGAAUGCUGCUUUCUUUCGAGAGGUAUCAAGACGGACAGCCAGGAUGGUUGCUGAAUGGCAGUGUGUUGGAUUUUGUCAUGGUGUGCUCAACACAGAUAAUAUGAGUGUACUUGGACUUACAAUUGACUAUGGACCUUUUGGAUUUAUGGACAGAUACGAUCCUGAACAUAUUUGCAAUGGAUCUGAUAACAUAGGACGAUAUGCUUAUAAUAAGCAACCAGAGAUUUGUAAGUGGAAUCUAACUAAAUUUGCUGAAGCCUUAGUCCCAGAACUUCCACUGGAAAUCAGCACGCCCAUCCUGGAAGAGGAAUAUGAUGCAGAAUUUGAAAAGCAUUAUUUGCAAAUGAUGAGAAGGAAACUAGGUUUAAUUCAGCUCCAGCUAGAUGAAGAUAAUAAGCUGGUCCUUGAUCUCUUGGAGACUAUGCACAUCACAGGUGCAGAUUUUACAAAUACUUUCCGCUUGCUGAACUCAUUCCCUGUGGAUUUUGAUCCUUUAAACCUAGAAGAGUUUCUGGAUCAGAUCUCAAAGCAAUGUGCAUCUUUGGAGGAACUGAAAGUUGCUUAUAAGCCUCAGAUGGAUCCUAGGCAACUUUCCAUGAUGUUAAUGUUAGCACAGUCUAACCCACAACUCUUUGCCUUGAUUGGAACAAAGUCGAAUAUCAAUAAGGAAUUGGAACGAAUAGAACAGUUCUCUAAGCUGCAGCAAUUAACAACCUCCGAUUUAGUCAAUAGAAAUAAAAAAAACUGGAAAAACUGGUUGCAGAAUUACAGAGAUAGGCUACAAAAAGAAAUGGAACACAUUAGUAAUACUGAUGCAUGGAAUGAUGAGCGCCUGAAAAUUAUGAAUGCCAGCAAUCCAAAAUAUAUAUUGAGGAACUAUAUUGCUCAAAAGGCUAUUGAAGCAGCAGAAAAUGAUGACUUUCUAGAGGUGAGAAGAGUCUUGAAACUCCUAGAAAGGCCAUAUGAAGAUUCAGAAUGCUUCCUAGAGCUAUCUGAGGAGAGAGAGGAGGAAGAAAGUGUGAUGGCAGCUGCUUCUGCUGUUGCUACCUGCAGCUCAGGAACCCAGGAAAGAAUUCCAUAUAGCAGUAAACCUCCGCUUUGGGCAUCUGAGCUCUGUGUGACAUGAUCCUCGUAACUGCCUUGCUAAAAUUUUCCACAAAGAGGUUAUGAAGCUCCCAGGAGUGGAAAGGGUAGCAAGGUGCUGUAGAAGUGCUAUUAGGUCUGAACAGACCAUUUGGAUGUUUUCUUGCAUCACCUGAGCCAUGUUUAUUUUAUCAAAUGUGACAAUCAAUUGUUUGGGCACCUUCUUCAUAUGCCAGGAGACUCGGUAGGUUGAUGUUUAUCUUCUCUCUUGAGCAGGAAGUGCUAUUAUAUUUUUAUGCAUAUU